AAAGUUUCUUUUUUUCUCUGUUUUCUAGCAAGAAGUUGUGUAUUUCGAGUUUCGUUAUGUGCUGAUGAAACUUGGAAGGAAUUAACGAAAACACUUAAAUGAGCAUGAACUCCACAUCAGCUCAAUUUGUCACCUCAGGAAGGAUGGGGGCAUAUGAGCCUAUCCAUCAGAUGAGCAUGUGGGGAGAAACCUUCAAAAGCAACGGUAAUUUAAGCGCGCCGGCUCCCAUAAUCGUCGAGGAGGAUGUGAAACUAAACGACCAGUCAGAAGAUACUUCGAAUGGAAUUUUGGGACCUUCUGAAAGAUAUUACCAAGAAGUAACCACAAAACCUGCAGACAAGGUUCAGAGAAGACUUGCACAGAAUCGGGAGGCUGCUCGUAAAAGUCGUUUGCGAAAGAAGGCCUAUGUACAGCAGUUAGAAACAAGCCGUUUAAAGCUGAUUCAGUUAGAGCAAGAGCUUGAGCGAGCCAGGAAACAAGGUCUCUAUGUUGGUGGUGGAGGAUUAGAUGCUAAUCCUCUGGGUGUCUCAGGAACUGCGAACUCAGGGAUAGCUGCGUUUGAGAUGGAGUAUGGACAUUGGGUGGAAGAACAAAAUAGACUGAUUUGUGAACUGAGGACAGCUUUGCAUGCGCAUAUAAGCGAUGUAGAGCUUCGCAUGUUGGUAGAUAGUGGCAUGAGCCACUAUUUCGACCUUUUCCGUAUGAAAGCAACUGCUGCGAAAGCCGACGUGUUCUAUGUGAUGUCUGGAAUGUGGAAGACAUCUGCUGAAAGGUUUUUCUUGUGGAUUGGAGGGUUCCGACCUUCGGAACUGCUUAAGGUGCUGUAUGAUACGAAUAUAAUCAUCGAUGUUCUUGGGCCCCAUCUUGAACCAUUGACAGAUCAGCAACUUCUGGAUGUUUAUAACCUAAGACAAUCAUGUCAGCAAGCAGAAGAUGCUCUUUCUCAAGGCAUGGAAAAACUCCAGCAAACGUUAGCCGAGACUGUAGCUGCAGGUCAGCUAGGUGAAGGAAGUUAUAUCCCGCAAAUGGGUACUGCUAUGGAGAAGUUAGAAGCUCUCGUGAGCUUUCUGAACCAGGCCGACCAUCUUCGACAGGAAACCCUGCAGCAGAUGUCCCGUAUCUUAACGACCCGCCAAGCAGCGAGAGGGCUGCUUGCCAUGGGGGAGUACUUCCAACGCCUCUGGGCUUUGAGUUCGCUUUGGGCUACCCGUCCUCGUGAACCUGCUUAGAGUCUUUACCUUGAUAGAAGACACGAGCAAAGCUCAAAACAGAAACAAUAAACACAGUCGCUGCCCGAGCCAUGCUUCGACAAGUCUUUGUAGACAAAAGUCUUUGCUGAAUGCCCAUUGAAAAACGUAGUAAUGUAGACAAAAGUCUUCUAAGCUGCUGGCAUUUUUCAAGCAGCCUCCAAUAUAUCUGAGAAAAAUUGUACAUAUGAAUUAGCCAUUUUGUUAAGAGUUGGUCUGUGAGUAAAUUGAAAAAUCUCAAAUGCUUUUUGUAAAUUAUUAUGAAGACAGUACAUUCUUAGGAUUUUCAUCCCUAGUUUACAGAAGCAAAGCAUGUCGUGUAGAUAUUCUGUAUUUUCAAUGCAUUUUGCAUAUAUCUUGUUGUGUAUAAUGUAAAGUUGUUUCUUUGUGCUUUGAAACGACAAAAAAUAGAGCGUUGUUUCUUUGUGCUUUGGAAACGACAGAUACUGAGAACUUAAUCCCAGAUAUUUGUUUUAUGUAAUGGCUAGUUAAUUCAAAUACUCUGGUUUAUU